UUGGCCAGCGGAAGAGGCGGGGUGCACUGUAACGUGUAGAGGUGACUCGCAGGAGUGACAGGAGUCAGGCUAAGAGCGAUCUGCGGACAUGGCCUUCUGUAUCCCGCGCCCGGCGCUGGCAUUAAAAUAUGCACACAGAGCUUAUUCAUCACAGCGCUCCCUAAAUGAAGUGGUCAUUGUCAGUGCAGUGAGGACCCCAAUAGGGUCAUUCCAGGGCUCCCUGUCAUCUUUUCCUGCUACCAAGCUUGGCUCCAUAGCUAUUACAGCUGCUGUUGAGAAGGCAGGUAUUUCUGCUGAGGAGGUGAAUGAGGUCUACAUGGGCAAUGUCCUACAGGCCGGACAGGGACAAGCGCCCUCCAGACAGGCCACUCUUGGUGCAGGCUUGCAAAUCUCUACUCCCACCACAACCAUAAACAAAGUCUGUGCCUCAGGAAUGAAGUCUAUUAUGCUGGCAGCACAAUCUCUAAUGUGUGGACACCAGGAAGUCAUGGUGGCUGGAGGGAUGGAGAGCAUGUCUAAUGUUCCUUACUGCAUGAGCAGAGGAGCUACACCAUAUGGAGGAGUGAAAUUGGAAGACUUGAUAGUGAAGGAUGGCCUGACUGAUGUCUACAAUAAAUUCCACAUGGGAAAUUGUGCAGAAAACACAGCCAAGAAGUUAAAAAUCACAAGGGAAGACCAAGACAACUAUGCCAUCAGCUCUUACACCAGAAGCAAAGCAGCCUGGGAUUCUGGGCUGUUGGUCAGAGAGAUCGCUCCUGUUGCUAUUCCACAGAAAGGGAAACCUGAUCUUGUUGUACAAGAGGAUGAGGAAUACAAAAAAGUAGACUUCAGCAAGUUUCCAAAACUCAAAACUGUCUUCCAAAAAGAAAAUGGCACUGUGACAGCAGCCAACGCCAGCACUCUGAAUGAUGGGGCAGCAGCUUUGGUUCUCAUGACUUCAGAAGCCGCCAAAAGACUCAAUGUCACACCUCUGGCACGGAUUUUGGCAUUUGCAGACGCUGCAGUAGAACCAAUCGACUUUCCAAUUGCCCCUGCGUAUGCAAUUCCCAAGGUUCUAACUGCUGCUGGAGUAAAGAAAAAGGAAGUGGCAAUGUGGGAAAUCAAUGAAGCAUUCAGUGUUGUCGUGUUGGCCAAUAUUAAAAUGUUGGAUAUUGACCCUGCCAAAGUAAAUGUCAAUGGAGGAGCAGUCUCUCUUGGGCAUCCCAUUGGGAUGUCUGGGGCCAGAAUUGUUGGACACAUGGCUCAUGCUUUGAAGAAGGGAGAGUUUGGUGUUGCUGCAAUCUGUAAUGGUGGUGGAGGAUCUUCUGCCAUCCUCAUUGAAAAACUGUAACCGCAGAACAAUGAACCAUACUUCGCAGUUUAUAAUCUGGCUUAAUCUGUUACAUGUGUCUGCACUCCGAAGCUGAAGAUUUUCUUGUGAUUCAACAGCCCAUUUCUCAUUUGGUGAAAUCGGCACACCUUACCUGGUCCACCAGAAGGGAGUUCAAGUCUAAACCUUUAACGACUGCAACACUGUUCUUGCAAGGAACACUGUGAAUGGAGGGACAAAGAAUGCAAACUGUUCUGUGAGUGGAGGCGGAAAAUCUGUCCAUCUUGUGCUCCUCCAUUCACCGAGUGUACUGCAUUUUUUUUAAAUUCAUGCAAGGAGGGGGGCUGAAAAGAAUGGCAGUCAUACUGUCAGGGCAGGAUCUUUGUGCACACAGCCAAGCCAUUAACCCAUGCAGCGCUGGAAGUUCACAGCUGUGAAGGGUGGGGAAUUUCUGCAGGAACCAUCAACCUGCAGGACGCAUUAUACAUCAAAACCGUUGCUUUUUUUUUUUUUUUCUCCUCCCUUGUUCUCUAAACCUCAGCUUUUGCAUAAAAACCUUACAAAGGUUGGUGUAGGGGUGCUGGGCAUUUAGCAAAGUCCUUGUACUGAAUGUACACCCCCCUUCCACAAUGGAACCAUAAAUGGCCCAGUUGUACACAUCAUGUGCUUCUCAAGUUUAAAUAUUUUUUCCAGCAGUACCGUAAAUGGUUGUUGUGGUGAGAACAUAAAGUGAUACAUUAAACAGCCUUUUUCUACAAUUGUGCAGAAACUUAUCUUUAGUACAACAAUAAACUUGAAUUUCAUAUCUAAA